AUGAACGUACUCUUCAACCAAGCCCUGAAACAAUCCACGGCUAUCCGAAAAGAUCUAGAAGCUUUCGCACAAGCACCUGCUACUGCAUCUCCUGCUCUACAAGGACAAAUAUCCACCACCCUCACUAGUCUUUCCCGAACGUUAGAAGACUACCAAAAUCUCUCGCGAAACGAGCUGAACGAGGAGAAGAAAGAGAAGGCCUUAGAGAGACUGAAGAACUUUCGCGCUGAUCUAGCAUCCUACCGCACGCAAUUUGAUCAGUUAAAAAGAGAGCGUGAGGCAGCCGUCGCUGCGAACAACAGGAAUGAACUACUAGGCCGACGGCCGCACCACGCUGCGACUCCAGAGAACCCAUAUGCCCAUGCCUCGAGUCAGAGUGCAUUCGCCCCUGCCCAUCGGAACACACAAGACGGGUUGUCCUUCGGCGGUGGCUCCAGCAAUUAUACCCGGGAGGAACACGCACUGCGAGAACAGAGCUUCUUCGAUACUGCCAACGCCCAACUCGAUGAGUUUCUAGAUCGAGGCCGAGCAGUGCUAGGUGAUUUGGGACAUCAGCGAGACAUUCUCAAGGGUACCCAGAGGAAGCUCUAUAGUGUUGCCAACACACUCGGUGUCAGCGGUGACACCAUCCGGAUGGUCGAACGAAGAGCUAUGCAAGACAAAUGGAUCUUCUGGGGAGGUGUUGUGGUUUUCUUCUCCUUCUGCUUCUUGGUCAUCUACCUGUUGAGAUGA